AUAUAGAUAUGGAGAGUUAGAUUUAGAGAGAGAAAGUGAUGGUGGAUUGGAGGGGAAGUUGAAGAAAAUGGGGAGAGGAGAGCCGGGGCAUAAUUGUAAAUGUUCAUACAAUAGGGCAACUCUGAUUGUGUGUUCCAUCAAUAUUGUAGCUGCUCUCUUUGUGCUCCGCUCUCUCUACACUCAUCUUGUUGAUUCUCAUACCACAUUUAGUUAUAGUCCAGACCAGAUUAGGCAAAUGCAGGUGUCGAAUGGAAUCCGAAAAGCAUCUGAACCUACAAAACUUGUUGAACUGGUGACACGAUUAAAGAAAAGAAUUGCAAAGGAAGAAAGUGUGGUGGAACUGCCGCGGCAUUUGAAAGUAAAGCUAAUCGACGAGAUUUUGAAUAGGUUAAGAAGCUUAGAUGCUGCAACCAAUACAACAGCUCAACGAGAUACAGUUGAAACCUGGCGCAAACAAAAAUUAAAAGAAGCUAAAAAGCUCGUUCGUGGGAAAAUCUUAAAUUCAACAAUUUUGCCUGAAGAAGCCGAAAUUGUCGUAAGAGCAUUGAGUUCUGGUUGGGUAGAAUUGGAGGAAGAGAUUGGUUUGUGGAUACCGGUUGAGAUCGUUAACAAGGAACACGAUGACAAACCCGAUGGUGAAGAGGAGUUUGAGAUCUUGCCAGGGAGACAGCUACCAGCUGAAUGCCACGCGGAACUUCACACAGACUAUGGUGGUGUUGCCGUUCGAUGGGGGCUGACUCACCCGAAAGAGUCGGCCUAUGAUUGUUGUAUGGCGUGUUUGGAUCAAGCCAAAAAUGCCAAUCUCGAUGGUAAAAAAUGCAAUAUUUGGGUUUAUUGCCCAUCCGAGACGGGAUGCUUCUCUCCCGAUAUUUACCAACAUAAAAAUCAAGAAUGCUGGCUUAAAUAUUCAGAGACACCAAAAUUGAAUUUCAAGGGUACAUAUUCCGAAUCAUACCGAGAUACGCAUCCAAACGCACCACUAAUUGUUCCGUGGGUAUCUGGGGUCGUUAGUGUGUGAAAAGUUUUGACGAACCGAUUAAGUUGCUAUCUUAUUUUUUUCGUUUGUGAAAAAUUGGGUUCGGCUCUUAGUUUUGUUGUAUAACACGAAAAGUCGAGUACCAUGUUGAUAGUAAGUUAAGAUAAACAGUUACAUCUUUUGUAUAUUUGAACAUCCAAUAUUUGCCUUUGGCAAUUCAAUACUUGUGACACUGAAAAUUGCAAAUUGUAAAAAUUUCAUGGCUCGUGUGAUUCGUCACUACUAGUCUAUGUCGAUU